AUGGGUGUGACGGCGGUUAAGUCUGUGGUCCGAUGGCUACGGAAUGAGAACACUACUCGAUACUUUGAAAAACACCCAGUCGCUCGUGACGCAAUCGUGACAGCAGUCCGAGAGGUAACGCACUCAACAGCGCUUGCCACUCCCAUCUCGACACCUUAUAAUCCACGCACAUCUAUCGACCAGCCUCUGACCUCUCUCUCGUCACCGUCUAUCGCAUACGAGGAGUCUGAUCCUGGCGACCAGACUUCUACCCUUCUCCUACCUCUGGACAAUGCACAGACGGAAAGGGUUGACUUGAAUGGCUCGACCGACCCCCGCAAGCUCUCUCUCGAGGCUUCCGAUCAGACCUCUCCAGCCGCUCAACAAGAGCUCGACAACGGAAGCCAGCCCCAAUGCUGUUCAUCUAUCAAACAAGGAGACACACUAGACAGCGAGCAUGGGACCAGUGAUUCUCAGCAUUCUGCGAGCCUCGGGGCCUCCACUCCGGCUGAACAUAACGAUGUCAGUGAUAAUGAUGCUCAUCCUAAUGGCCUGCCAUCUACGCAGACCCCUACGUCUUUAGUACAAUAUCGAUCGAACACUGCACGGCGCAAAUCCCGAAAACGCAAACACAACUCCGAGGACUACAAUACAACAGAUGCAGAGCUCGGGGACAAAAGCCUUGAAGGCUCUAAGCAAAUUACAUCCCAGCCUGUUCCUAUCAGGGACGAGCAGUUUGGCCAACAUCCUGAGAUGUUAGAAGGCGUCCAGGACACCCAGCCCUCAAUAGCUGUCACACGGGCAACCCCUGCCUCAACGCCCUAUAAUACCGACAUACCUGGCGAGCCGGCUCCUGCCCGGGACGUAGAGGACUCGAGUGGCGAUUCUCAGCAUGCUGCGAACCUCGAUGAUCUGCUUCCGAGUAGUGACGGCGAUGAUCGUCAAGAUGGAUGGUCGAGUGGCGAUUCCCAGCCUUCAGCGAACCUCGACGAUUGGAUUUCGAGUAGUGACGGCGAUGAUUGUCAAGAUGGAUGGUCGAGUGGCGAUUCUCAGCAUGCUGCGAACCUCGACGAUCUGCUUCCGAGUAGUAAAGCAGAUUGUCGAGGUUUGCAGCCUUUGGAUGGAACGGAGGUGUAUCUUGGAAGCAGAAGCCCUCAACUCUCAGAGACUUACGAACUCCAAUCUGCACCUGACCGGAAAUAUGAGACUCACGGACAGCGACCUGACACAUCAGACGCUGGCCAGGACUUGGUAUCACGGCAUUCAUCCGAACCGCCGAGCGCGACCGAGCUGCCAGAGGAAGAAAGCAAUAGGUCCACGAAGAUUCCAGCGGACCUACGCGCAAAAUUACGUAUGAUUGGGGAUGAAUCAACACUCGCAGCUCUUAUGGACUACGUGAACUACACAGCAAAUCCACCUUCCUCUGCAGAUUAUUGCGCCGAUACUUUGGAAGAUUAUCAAGGUCCUGACACUACCUCAGAUCAAAGGUUCAGGGUCCUCAGGAACCGCAUCGUUCGAGAUGAGGCGGGCGAGGAGAUAACGAAGUAUUUGAGAGUGAGCUUCCGCAUCUCGAAGCGAUUUGCACUAGCAGAGCUGAGUAUCAGGUACGCUGAGGCAAAAGACGCUAGGAGCGCUGUGCCUAAGAAGAGACGAAAAUUGGAAUUUCCUGGGUUGUCGCCGAGGGGUCGCUUUACUGACUCACUCUCCCCCGAAUUAGGUGAUAUCGAGGGGGAAGAAGAGAGAAACAAGGCGCGAGAGACAGCUAAGGGAAAAUUUAGCUAUUGGAUAACCCAGGGAGACCCGCUGGCGGAAUUGGCAAAGCAAUUUGGCAGUCUCGUUCUAGCUAUCCUGCCUGAAAAUCUGACGGUGACGGACCUUCAUAAUCUCAACCGACAUCGGAUUCAGGAUGUCGUAGAUUACGUUGACUUCAUUCGCCCAGGUUUGAAGGAGAAAGUCAUAAAUCAGACCGGCGUCCUCCUACAGAGAGUAGACUCUAGCCGCCCUGCACAAAGGCAACUGCUCGACUGUUACGACGGAACAAGAAGGCUGGCCAACUACAUGUUACGACGGAACAAGAAGGCUGGCCAACUACAGGACAGGAAGGAGGGAGGUCGCAUGAGACCGGCCCUGUGGCAACCUUCUAGUGCUGGCAUUGAGGACGGAAAUUCACCAAACUUUGCCGCAGAUUGCAAUGAGUACUCACUCCCAUCAACACCUCUUGGGAAUUCUGAUGAGCAGUCCACCAGGUAUAUGACGGAUCACUGUUAUUCCCAGGACGGUGAUUGGUGUGAACAGUCGUAUGUCAGUGACGAGCCAGAAUUUCUCGACUCCCCCAAGGGUGAUUUGCACCAGUCAGAUCCCGGUGAGGAAAAUUCCUUUGACAUGAACUUGUACUUCAACUUCUCUCCCGAAAAUACGCCCAGCAUCCCAUCUCCAUCCUCAGGUCAAUAUCAUGGCCAGGAUUGGCUAGCGCACCUUGCCAAUAUGCCGCGAGAAGCAACGCCGCUACCAAGCCUUAAUAAUUCAACUAAUCAUUCUCCUUUGGCCUCCGAGCUCCAUAUAAAACAGCCUGCCGUUAAUAUAUGGCAAGAUGGAGGCAUGCUCGACUCGGCGAAGAUUUGGAAUGCUCAUGGUCAAGAGAAUAGGACUGUUAAUCCCAGAGACAUUCUGCAAACACCUGCGCGGUAUCUAGAAUACCACCAAUGA